GAGAGCGGACGUUGUGGCCGCCCAAUAGAGUAAUCGUCCCGCUUCUCGCCAAAAUGUUCAACCAGAUGUUUCGCUUUUUAACUGUUAGAACCCGGUUCCGCCUGUGGUUUCCCGAAGCCGGCAGGUCUACCAGACAUCUCCUUCACCGUGAACCCAAGUUCAAAACCCUAAUCCCCUUCUCCUCUUCACCUGAUCCGAACUUCACCGUGUCCUUUCUCGAAACCUCCUGCGGUUUGGCCCCUUCGGUCGCCAUCGCUGCGGCUGCCAAGACAAACUUAAAGUUUUCCACAAAUGCUGAAUCCGUUCUCAGCCUCCUCAGAAACUACGGAUUUACAAAAUCUCAGAUCGCUGUCAUCGCCUCCAAGCACCCGUCUCUAUUCACUUACAACGCAGAGAAAUGCAUCAAGCCCAAGAUCGAUCUUUUCGUCACUGCGGGCUUCACUGCAACGGCCCUCACAAACCUCCUCUCCAAGUAUCCCUUUAUCCUGAAGUCCAGCCUGGAGAGGAAGCUCAGCCCCAACCUAAGUCUAUUGAUGACCAUUCUUAGCGGCGACCGGCAAGCGGCUGCCUCUGCCAUCUCUCGCUCCGCCUGGAUCCUUCUUCUUGAUCCCAAUAAGCGUGUUUUGCCCAACGUGGAGACGCUUAGAAAGUAUGGCGUUAGCGACGCCAACAUAGCCAGACUCUUCACAUGGUGCCCGAGAGCAAUCACGCAGGAACCUGGCCGUUUCAGCAAAUCGGUGGCUUUGGUCGAGGAGAUGGGGUUGAAACCUUCGAAAUGUAUGUUCGUUAUAGGGAUCAAUGUGGUUUCCGGGCUGACCGUGGCGACCUGGGAGAGGAAGAUGAAACUUUACCGCAGCUUAGGCUGGUCGCAGGAGGAGACUAUCUCUGCUUUUAGAAGGUCCCCUUUUUGCAUGCUUCUCUCUGAGGAGAAGAUUAGAAAAAUUAUGGGCUUCUUCAUGAAGAAUCUUAAGUGGGAGCCCUGCCGCCUGGCGUCACUGCCCAUUGUCUUGAGCCUUAGUUUGGAGAACAGGAUUGUUCCCAGAUAUACUGUCUUCAAUAUCUUGACCACAAGGGGACUUCCAAACACAAAAUUAAGCUUCCCAACGCUCUUGCUCAUGAGUAAGAGUGUUUUUUUGGAGAAGUGUAUAGAUAAGUACAGCGAUGUAGUUCCAGAACUGCUGGAGGCUUACAAGGUUAAGUUGUAGUAACAUGGCUCUAUGAAUAUGCAAUGGGGAACUAUUGAUUUUGCUGGGGAACUAUUGAUUUUGAAGUUGAAAUAGAUUAAAAGAAAUUCUAUUGAUUCUCAAACUAUUAUCCUGCUGCUGGUUAUGAAGGUUUAUAAAUUAUCAAUCAUGAUAUCUACUUCAUGAUUUAUCUA